AUCAUUAUAUAAUUUAUUUUAUAUAUUUCAAAUGUAAUUACCUAUCAUCAAUUGUCGAACAAUUGUCAGUUUUAUCUGAUACAACUAUUAAAGCAAAUAGACCUGAAUGCUAAGAUAUGGGGGGAUCUAAUCAAUGAAAACAAAAUAGAAAUAACAUAUUGAAGCACGAGGUGCAGGGCAUGGGCCCUCAAACUGUAUGAACUGGUCCAAUAGAUGUUGGAUCUGACGAGACAUUAUCCAAUAAAGAAGAACCAAGUAGAAAAGGCAAAACAAAGCCACUUAUUUAUCUCAUGCAAAAACACUGGCUUAAACUUAUCCACAUGUCGGUUGAAGGAACUGUCACCAGCGCCUCUACCAUGCACUAAUUCCCCAGACAGUGACAAUUAACAUGUUCUUGUUCUCCGGCCCCUCACUGUAACUCUGGAUUGUUUAAUUACAUUUUAAUUUUCUAGCAAUAUAUAUGCAUGGAUCUAAGAGGUUGAACUGUAGCGCAUAUUUUACAAUGGAAGACACCGUAAGCUGAAGCUGCUCAUUGCACAAUUAUUAAUUGUACCAGCCGCGAGCCUUCCAUGCCUUUCUUUAAAGGCCUUUCCCCAUCUCUUUUUGUUUUACUUUUUAUUUCUUUUAUUUUUGUCCUUUUAUGCUCUUAAUAAUAGUGGAAACUGGGAACGGAGAAAAAGCAAAGAAAAUUGAAAGUCGGAAAAAUAAAACCCACCAAAUUUUAAAAGAAAGGAAUGGAAAAAUUAAAGCAGAGAAGAAUUUCAUCCAUUGAUCCAUAUAAAAUCAAAAGAAAAAGAAAAUAAAGAUCAACUUUAGUUUGCAAGUGACGCAACUCUCACUUUCUUUUUUGUUCCGUUUGUCCCACAGAUUGUUCUUCUUCCUCUUCCUCUGCUUUUCUUUAUCAUAUGCGUUCGCCACCUUCACCACACAAACCCUCUGCUUUUCUCUCAACCUAACCGCCUUUCUUUCUCCAUCUUCUUCUUUUCUUUAUCAAUAUAAUAUCUUUUUUCCAUGGCAGAAGAGCACCAUCCAGAGGAAAACCACCAAGAAGUUCAACAUCCUCCACCCAAAAUAAACGAUGGUAAGGACCCUGAUUAUCGUCCUCACAAGUGCAAACGAAUGGCCCCAUUAACAUACGCACCCAGAGACCCUCGUCGUACUCUCUGUACAUUCAUCACCGUCUUCCUCCUCUUAGCAGGUGUCACUGUUCUAAUAGUCUGGUUAAUUUACCGACCCCAUAAACCCCAGUUCACUGUAGUUGGUGCUGCCAUCUAUGACCUUAACACCACAUCCCCUCCCUUCAUUUCCACGUCUAUGCAGUUCACUUUCGUCACUAGAAACCCCAACAAAAGAGUCACUAUCAUGUAUGAUAAACUUUCAGCUUAUGUUUCAUAUAGGAACCAAGCCAUAACGCCUCCAGUGGUGUUGCCUCCGCUUUAUCAUGAAAAGAAGAGCACGGUGACGUUGUCACCAGUGCUAGGCGGUGCCGGCGUGCCCGUAUCCGCAGAUGUGGCUAAUGGGUUGAUGAUGGAUGAAGGCUACGGGGUGGUGGCAUUGAGGGUGGUUUUGCUGGGGAAGUUGAGAUGGAAGGCUGGAGCUAUAAGAACAGGGAGGUAUGGAGUUUAUGUGAAGUGUGAUAUCUGGUUGGGGUUGAAGAAGGGCGUGGUAGGGCAAGUGCCUUUGCUAGGAUCUCCACAGUGCAAAGUUGAUGUGUGAAAUUAAGCAUUAUAUAAAUGUAUACUUAAUAAUGAAGGCUCUUGUUCUUGUUCUUGUUCUUAAUGGCUUUGCUUAAUUUUCCCUUUUAUGAAUUUCAGCGCAGCAGUUGUAAUUGCAUCUAUAAGACGAAGCAUCUUUCUUUUGUCA